UAUUCACAUUGUUCAACUUCAUUCACUGUAUGAUUGGUUCACCUAGUGUUUGUUGAUAUGUGUGUGAUAGAGCUUCAUUGCGUGCAUGCAUGCUUCUUUAGAUUUAGCUCAUUUUCAAUCUUCUGAUAGAUAAUCUCUGUUUGUGUGCUGAGAAAAUGAAGGAAAAGUAAAGGAACUGUAUGUUGAUAUGUGUCCUUUUGUUGAAGAUAGAUUCUGCGCAACCCGGAUCUGAUCUGACUUCCUGAAUAAAGAGAAGAAAAAGUGAUCCUACAAACACCGGUGUGUUACCGGUGGAGUAGGCUCCGACGAACAAGUCUGUGAAUGAUAAUCUCUCUGGAGAAAUCGAGAUAUUGAGUUAGGGUUUUUUGCCUACCUCCAAACGUCGAUUAGCCCUCUUUAUUUAUAGGACUUGGGUCAGGAUGUUACGUAGCGUCCACGUCGUCCUUAAUCCUUAUAAUAAUCUGUUGGCCUAAUCCUUAUCGUAUUCUGCAAUUCUUAUCGUAAUCUAUAAUCCUUAUCUUAGUCGUAGUCCUUAUCUUAGUCUGUAGAGCCUAUCUCAAUCUUAUGAGAUAGCGCGUUACUUUAACGAUUUUCCCCUAUCCACGGGUAAUUAAAUUAUAAUCAUCAAUUGCCCCCCGUUUCGGAGGAUUGCUUGUCAAACCACCGGAACGUUAAUUCCCAAAUAUGACAUAAUAACAAAUAGCUGGAAUUGUAGAACCGUUCACCCUGUAUUUCUACAAUAAGUUGGUUUGAUUAUGAAAUAGUAGAGCCUUAUCCAUUAACUUGACUUAGAUUGCCACUUCGCGGAUACAGUCGGGGGUCGAGCUAUUGAAAUAUUUGUAGGACCGUAGUUGCCUUUGAAAUAUUUGUCGUAGUGCCUCAUUGGUAGGACCGUAGUGCCACAUUGACAGUUUGUAUAUAUGGCAGGCUGCCAUGCUGGCAGCCUACCUUUUGGCACAUAGGUAACUCAUGCAGGGCUGCCAGUGUGGUUUUCCUAUUCAAACUCCGAAUCCUAUUCUACCUUGUAAAAGUAAAAUAGCCCGCAAAAUAGCCCGCUGAGAGCUGUUUGUCCCUCACGAAAUAGAUUUCUAUUAGAAUUCCACCAGAAAUACUUUCCUUAUCUGUUUACGUUCUUCUGCUAUAAACCGAGAUGGUUCGAGUAAAAUUCAUUCAAAUUACUUCCAUCAUCCAGAAAGCCAGGUAGUGCCAGUCGUAGUGAUGUGGUAAGUUCCAUGCCUUCGUUUUCUUCCUGCUUCUAUUUAAUUCGUUGUUGCUUUUUCCUCCAACUCAGUAUACCAAGACCAAAGUUAGAAAAUUUUAUAGGUCACUGUGAAGCUAGGCUCUUGCAUACAGUAGCGUGUGUUACUGCCAGCAUGUUUUACCCAGAAUCUAACACUAUGUCAGACGAGGAACACCGCCAGUCUGAUUCGGCUCCGUCAGAGACACAUCUGGUACAGGAUAUAGCAGGCUCCCUUACCUCACAGGAUCUAGAUCGGAUCAGGCAAACUUAUUCAAUUCCAGACAGUGUUGCUCUCAGACUUCCUUCACUUGAUGAUAGAGCGUCCUCCUUUUACCCAACUGAGAUUUGUUUCUAUGAGUCUGCUUUCAUUGCCGGAUUGCGUUUUCCAAUCCCUCUUUUUAUUAGGGAACUGUUGCGUCACCUUAAUCUUGCUCCGACUCAACUCUCCCCAAAUGCCUGGAAAACAAUGAUGGGUUGUUUAGUUCUGUGGCGAGCUUGUUGUAAUACGUCGCUCACUAUCCAAGAGUUUCUUCAUUGCUACAUUCCCAAAAGGGGUGACUGGCUGUACUUCUCCCCACGGGACAUAAUUCUUAUCUCUGGAAUUCCCCUUAAGUACAAACCAUGGAAAAACAGUUUCUUUUUCGUUUCUGGUGAUGGCUGGGAGUUCUUUCCUGAAGAAAGUGCUUUCCUACGAAUAGGGACUUCCAUUCCUCGUGCGUGGUGUAAUCAGAAUUCCACUGGCGUUAAAGAGAUUACCGUUUCAUCUGAUGAUCUCCAGCGAAUAAAGGAAGCCUUUAACUACCCAGUGAGGGACUGGUCUUCACUCGUGACACCUCAGACUUUGUUUACCCAUGGGAUUGGUCCUCAGCCAGUUGGCAAGUCCUUUGUAACUAUAUCCCGAAAACUUAAUAAGAGGCUUCUAGCUCAGUUCAAAGAAGGCUCAAGUGACUUCCCACCUACUUUCCCCGCCAAGAGGAAAAAAAAAGAAGCCUACUAUUACAGCACAAAGGGUCUUACCUAUUUCAGUUGUUUCUCCACACGAAUCCGACUCGCAAUUCCCUCAUCAGCGUGUGGAUGGGACUAUGCCACUCCUUACUGAAGCAGCGGUACUCCCCUCAGAUCCCUAUUCUUCAGCAGCAUCUGUUCUAGGCAAUGCUCAACUUGCUUUUAAGAAGACAAGCGAGUCUUUGUCGAAGAAGGAUAUGAUGUAUCUGAAUUCACGCCCUCCAACUGAGAUUGUAGACCGACUCAUGCAUGAUCUCGCACGGGUUAACUCUCGCACCAUCCUCUGUUUUUAUUUAGCUUUUCUUUUCCUCUUCAUUGUAACUUUUUAUUCCCACGUGCGUACAGGUGAAUACACACGCGUAUUACUUGUCGUGUCUAGCUGUAAAAGGAGGAGAGCAUUACACCAAUAUGUUGGCUUCUACUCGCUCCCAACACCAAGCCGAUUUACAAGUGGAACGUGAUAAACAUGAGGUCGCUCUACAAGCAAUGCGUGCUGAGUUAGAAACAGAACGAGCUUGUCAUGUAUCUUAUGUGCAAAAACUCAACAAGGAGAUGUCCCAGAAACUAAUGGUGGAAAGAGCCAAUGCAGUGGGUGAGUUUAAAGCCUCACCCACCUUCAAGGAGAUUAUGUCGAAGGCCUACUUUGACGGCUUCGAAGAUUUUCGGAAUCGUGCUGCUUUUGAAUUUGCAGACCAAGACUUCUCUGUCAUUCAACUAGAUGAAGCGAGUGAUUCCGAAUAGGAUAGAUGUGUAGCCAUUCAUUUAUUUGCUCCCAUGUUUCUCUUUGUGCUUGAAACUUCUCUUUUUUUACAAUCAGUUUCCAUUUAUAUUUGUAGGGUUGAUAAGUAGGAAGGACAGUUAUGUUUUGCCAUUGCAACUCCCGCAUUAUGUUAUUUUAUUGACAUCUUUGGUCGGCUCAUCCCUUUGAUAAGGAAAGUAGAUUAAGACGAGUUUUACUCAGCUCGUCUAUGUAA